GGGCGGCGGGUGGAGGCCGUGGGGAGCGGGAGGCGGCGCGCUCGGCCCGGCCCGCGCCAUGUACUGCGCGUACCCCGUGCCCGGCGUGGGCAGCAGCUCCCUCAUGUACUACUACAACGGCAAGACGGUGUAUGCACCAUCCCCGAGUUCUGAUGAUUUCAACAGAGAAUCUCCAAGUUACCCAUCUCCUAAGCCACCAAGCAGUAUGUUUGCUAGCACUUUCUUUAUGCAAGAUGGGACCCACAAUUCUUCUGACCUCUGGAGUUCAUCCAAUGGCAUGAGCCAGCCUGGCUACGGUGGGAUGCUGGGAGGCUCCUCUUCCCACAUGUCCCAGUCCGGCAGUUACGGCAGCCUGCACACACAUGACCGUCUGAGCUAUCCCCCGCAUUCAGUCUCACCUACAGAUAUAAAUGCCAGUCUUCCUCCAAUGUCCAGCUUCCACCGUGGCAGUACCAGCAGUUCACCUUAUGUAGCUGCCUCACACACUCCACCUGUCAAUGGAUCAGAUAAUAUUCUGGGAAACAGAGGAAAUGGUGCUGGAAGCUCACAGACAGGUGAUGCACUUGGAAAGGCAUUGGCAUCUAUUUAUUCUCCUGAUCAUACCAGCAGUAGUUUUCCAUCAAAUCCAUCAACACCAGUUGGAUCACCAUCGCCUCUUACAGGUGCCAGUCAGUGGUCCAGGAGUGGAGGACAAGCCCCCUCAUCUCCCAACUAUGAAAACUCUCUACACUCCUUGAAAAAUCGAGUUGAACAGCAACUUCACGAGCAUUUGCAAGAUGCAAUGUCCUUCUUAAAGGAUGUCUGUGAGCAGUCCCGGAUGGAGGAUCGCUUGGACAGACUGGAUGAUGCCAUCCAUGUUCUACGAAAUCACGCUGUGGGGCCUUCAACGAGCCUGUCAGGUGGCCAUGGAGAUAUUCACAGUUUAUUGGGACCAUCCCACAAUGGGCCAAUUGGGAGCCUGAACUCCAACUAUGGAGCAUCCAGCCUUGUAACAGCCAACAGACAAGCAUCCAUGGUUGGGACUCACCGGGAAGAAGGUGUCAGCCUCAACAGCAACCACUCAGUUCUUCCCAGUACAGUUUCUGCUCAGAGCACAGAACUAAAUCAUAAAACACAAGACAGCUACAGAGCACUGUCGGGUGGCCUACAGAGCCAGUCUGUGGCUAUAGGUCCAACAGAAAUCAAGUCUGAACAUAAGGAGAAGGAUGAGAAUAUCCAUGAACCGCCCUCAUCGGAUGACAUGAAAUCAGAUGACGAGUCCUCCCAGAAGGAUAUCAAGGUCUCCUCCAGAGGCAGAACAAGCAGUACUAACGAAGAUGAGGAUUUAAACCCAGAGCAGAAAAUAGAAAGAGAAAAGGAGAGAAGGAUGGCAAACAACGCCAGGGAGCGUUUGCGUGUCCGGGAUAUCAACGAGGCGUUCAAGGAGCUCGGCAGGAUGUGUCAGCUCCACCUGAAGAGCGAGAAACCGCAGACGAAGCUGCUCAUUCUCCACCAGGCUGUGGCCGUGAUCCUCAGUCUAGAGCAGCAAGUGAGAGAACGAAACCUAAACCCUAAAGCAGCCUGCCUUAAGAGAAGGGAAGAAGAAAAAGUUUCUGCCGUAUCGGCAGAGCCGCCAACACCACACCCAGGAAACCACCCUGGCCUGAGUGAAACUACCAACCCUAUGGGUCAUAUGUGAACACCAGCCAGAAUUCCAGAAUUAUUGGUAGGAUACACAGAAGGUGACCUUUCUUCACAAGGACACAGACAACUAACAUUAUAUGAAGACACAAACAUGACAGGAGAAAACACUUGAAGCAAGAAACCCAAAUGCAAUCUUAUGAUCAAAGCUACUGGUCAACACCUGCAUCAGGAUUGAAGAUACAAGAUCUUCAGACAGAAUUUCAGCCCAUGAGAUACUCUGAACAUAUCAUUCUGUUGCAAGCAGUGUGUCGCUUCUGCACAAUCAGAGACUGUUGUGAUCUCUCCACUCAUUGUGGAAGUUGCCUUGUGCCUAAACUGAAUUGACAAAUGCAUUGUAACUACAAAUUUUAUUUAUUGUUAUGGAACUGUAAAGGUCUACAUAUAAAGGGAAAAGUUAACAUGUUAAAGGCUGAUAAAACUUCAGCUGAAUGCCAGCAUUUACUAAAGCUGUUCACAUUCAGAGAACAAAGCAGUGACAACCGUCGACCCGUAGCAUUCCCAGCAUACCUAUUAGUGUCUUAAAAAAGGAAGGGAAAAGUCUUUUGUUGUCCUUUCCUCUCCUUUUGCCAUAUGACUAGUGUUUUCCAUGCAAUAGGAAACUAUUCCUUGGUAUAGCUUUUUUUAUGUUAUUUUUGAUCUCUGGUAAUCUGAACAGUUAUGGUCAUAGUUCCCCUUCCAUACUGAGCUCUGUGCCUCAAGCCCCUCAGAGGCUUCAUGAAGGCUGCAGGCAGGAGCAAUACUGUGACCAUAACAUUUCUUGGAUUUAAAAAGUGAUUUUUAUUUUCCCUCAGACUUUCCUCAAACAUUUUUUUUUUUUCUAAUUAUAAACAAAACCUUUUUAGGCUUCUAGGCUUCAUAGUAAAGCUUGUAACGUGAAGUGUAAAUUGGGUGGGGAGAAUCUACUUUGUUAGAGUUGCUUUGUUUUCCGAGCAGUAAGUACUACAUAUAGUACAUGUAAAGUGUUAGCUGUAUGUAAGCACAAAAUGCAUUAAAAUACAAAGGAGAUUUUUUUCAGGCUGUAACUUUGGUGAAUAUAAAAUCCUGAGUUCACCAUGGCAGGUAGUGUGAUGAUAUAACCACCAGCAGGGUGGGCUAAUUACGUAAUGGAAUCUGAGAGCAAUGGUCACCAGUUUUUCCUUCCUGUGCACAUUAAUGAUCAUGUCACCUUGUAUGGCUUGUCAGUGGAGAAAAACCAGUGUGAAUCAAAUGCAAACAAAUGCCCCCAAAUGUCCCAAGCCAUAUUAGCAUUAAAACCUUUAAAUGUUUCUCCACCAGAACAGUGUCCGUAAGUAUUCCUUUGUCACAGAUGUGCUGAAAUGGUUAAAAUCCCUUUGAACUUCCAUGGAAACUGUCUUCCACUGCAAUGACCAUGGGAGGAAAUUUCCUAAGCCAAGGUUGUCUGAGCUAUUGUUUAUAUAGUGCAUCUUUCAUCACUGGCAAUUGGUUCACACACAAAACAGGAACAAAACUAUAAUUUUUAUGAAGUCAUUUAAUUUGAAAGAACAAAAGAUGGAUCGAUAAAAUAAACUAAUGAAUUUAAGCUCAUGUUUUGGAUGGUUCCUAACAAAACAGUUUGUGGAAUUAGUGGACUCAUUUCUAUUACUUUAAUUUGCAUAUAUCAUCCAAUAACACCUGAUUAUAUCUGUGGCCUUGUUCUUCAUUUCAGUGUUUAUCAGCUAAACGGAAUUUGUUGCUUAUGACGUGUGAAAGUGAUCACGUGCCACUGCCUGGCCUUUUUCCUUCUAAGCUUGUUGUCUUUUUGGCUAUAUUAGACUUUGCAGUAUGCCCAGAAGCUUUCCUUCAUAAAAUAGAAAGAAAAAAACAUUUGGCUUAUUUUUCACUGUAGCUAGUCUUUUAUACAAUAAUCUUGUAAGAAAAUUUCUUGAAUUCUAAAUAUUACUCUUUCUAGAUUUUUGAAAUCAAAAAAGUUUUCAGUAAAAAGUUUCUUACUUUAUUUUACUAUAUUAGGUAGUAAAAAUGUAGGGUUAUUUACCAUAACCUGUUCAUUAAUAUCAGAAAUUUACAAUAGCAUUGUAAGACCAUAGUAGGGUUCUAGCAUACCGUGUAGUACCUAUGGAGUAUUGUAAGAGCUAAUUGUCCGAGAUGAAUUGCUUCUCAUCUUGUUCUCCAGUUUCCAUUGUUGGUUUAUUGCAGAUUUGUACCCUGUGUCAAAUUUCAAGGUAUUGCUGAUAAACCUUUCCAACCAGCAGCAAGAAGUUCAAAAAAUUUCUGUCAAUGUAACAGAAAACACUAUGUAUAUAACAUUUAUGUAGCAAUAAAUGUGCCAUCUUUUUUUAA